AUGCAGAAGUCUUCAAAAGUUCAUCAAGACGACGAUAAAAAUAAUUCGGAGGUACAAAUCAUCGGUUUCUCAAAAAACACUAAUACAAAUGAACAAUCGGCUUCGAAACAAUCGUAUAUAGCAAGGCUUGGUUCCGCUGACAAUAAUCAACGGAGUAAUUUGCCAAAGAAUUUUAAGAGCAAAUUACCAACAAGUGCCACCAAGUCCAAAUCAUUGAAGACAUUACCAACUUCAAGCAGUAUGGAUUCUCAAGCUUCUAAUAAAGGUGAUAAAAUUUCGACUCCGGCAGCAUCCUCUACUGACAAUUCAAAAACUCGCUCAUCAAUUAAAAUACAAAAUCAAGAAACAAAAGAGCCGGCAGUUCAAUCUAAAGGGAGUAAAAAAGAUUUGUCUAAACACAAAAAUAAACAUGAAGAUAGUUCAGAAAAAGAGCCAAAAACUCAAAAUGAAGCUGUAACUUCGAAUGUUAACGGCUCUAAUAACGAAUGCGAAAUAAUAUCAGAGCAACCACAACAAAAAACAACAGAAGAAAACUCGACGAAAGACAAUAAUGAUGAUGAAGUAAAUUUGAUCGAAACACAGGAUAAUACAGACAAUCAGUUAACAACUGAAUGCAAGGAUGAAUUAAAAAAGAAUUCAAACGGUUAUGAAAUAAGCGAUGAUACAAAUAAUAAAUUGCAAGAAGACCAAUCCGUUACUGCGGUAAAUAAAAAUAUUGAAACGGUAGAAACAGAACGUAGUGCAGUAUCAAUUUCUACCAACACUGAAAGUUUACCUAGCAAUGAUAAUCAAUCACAGUUAGAUACUGUCGAAUCUACAACGUCGGAAUCGGUUCCAACAGAAAAAGAACAGCCGAACAAGUUCGAAGAUAAUUUUCAAGCUAAAGAAGAUGAUGUAUCCUUCAUUUCCUAUAACUCGACUAUAAUGUUGAAAGACGUGCAAAUAAAACUGAAUGAUUGUCUUAAAGAUAAUUCAAAAUUAAUGGAUGUCACGGAUCCAAAUGCUUCGAUGUCAGAGUCGUUCAGAGACCUAUCAUUUGGUUGCACAUUGCGAAAAAUAUCUGGAAGGAAUUCCAUAGGACGUUUAAAGCACGUAACUUUACGUCAACGUCAAAUGUCUCCUAAUGAUUCUCUUUUUGUUAACACUUCAAAUGUGUCGUUCUCCCAUGAUCGUUCCACUUUUAUGUCUGAACUCUCAGAUUCUCCAGAUCCAAACAGUAGUCGAUUAAACAGAAAACGCAAGUUGACUGAAAAUGACCAUUCUGUGAAAAAAUUCAAAACUGAUCAAAAUUACAGUAUAUUGAAUACUUCACUUGAAUAUUUAAAAAAUCUCAGAAAACCUAUUCAAGUUUCUACACCCAAGGCGCAGGGAUACAAAUUCGAGUAUGAUAAGAAACCUAACAAUAGUGAUAGUACAACUGACAUUGCAGAAGAAGCUAUUGAAACUAAAAAAUGGUGUCUCAUCAUGUGA